AUGUGGUGGCCAUUCUCCAGAACCAGCACAACGAACAAUCCACCUCCCCGAGGUCUCCCAGCAUCAUGGUACCGCUCCGAAGCAAUGUACCAGCUCGAGCGUCGCGCCAUCUUCUCCAAGAGCUGGAUCCUACUCACUCAUUCCAGCCGAUUCACGAAACCAGGCGACUUCCUCUCCUUCACUGUCGCCAACUUCGCCUUCUUCGUCAUCCGCGAUCGAGACGGCUCUCUCAACGCCUUUCACAACAUCUGCCGCCACCGCGCAUACCCAGUCGUCCAGUCGUCCUGCGGCACAGCCUCCAUCCUAGCCUGCAAAUACCACGGCUGGUCCUACGGCCUGAAAGGUAAUCUAUCCAAAGCCCCGCGCUUCGAAACAGUCCCCGACUUCGAUAAAACGAAACACUCGCUUUUCCCUGUCCACGUCCACACCGACAAAUCUGGCUUCGUGUGGGUGAAUCUCCAAGCGGGUGAGACGCCCGAUGUGGACUGGGACGAGGAGUUCGAUAAGAUCGACGAGCAGCCGCGCAUGCAAGAUUUCGACUUCACGGGGGACUACGCUUUCGAUCAUUUCUGGGACAUGGAGGUGGAUGCGAAUUGGAAGGGCCUGGUGGAGAAUUACAACGAGUGUUAUCACUGCGCGACAUCGCAUCCGCUGAUCCGUGGCGUGUCGGAUCUGCCGAAGUAUCGGGUUGAGCCGAAGGCUGGGUACAUGGAGCAUCAUAUUUAUAAUAAGGAGACGAGUGAUGCGCAGUUUAAGCGGGCCAUUACUUACUUUUAUCCGACGACGUCGGUGACGGUUACGGAUAAGUUUUUCUACAUCCAGCGCAUGAUCCCGGUGACUGCUACGACAAGCAGGGUUGAGAAUGAAGUUUAUCGGCACCGGAAUGCGACGGACGAGGAGUUUGAUAAUAUCAAUGCUUUUUAUAGGCAGGUGUUGGAAGAAGAUAGGGAGCUGUGUGUUGGCGCGCAGGAGAAUCUCAGCGCCGGGGUUUUCACAAAUGGCGAGUUGCAUCCCAGCAAGGAAAUGGGUCCAAUUCAUUUCCAGGACAGGGUAAGAGAAGCAGUGAUGGAGCAUCGCCGCAAGGAGGAACAGAACGGCGGACAAACAAUCUGGCCUGCAACGCCAUCAGCGCCUUUGAUGACGCAGAAAUUACAGGAGGAGGAAUCAUUCUGUUCAAAACUAGAGGCCGACAGUUGUAUGGAAAGACCAGAGCUGUCAUGGUAA